AAGGAGAAAAGUAUUGUGCCAUCCGUUCAUUUCUUCCGUUCAUUUGCCAUUUCAGCGUUAGCGCAAGACGCCGAGAUCUGGUUCCUGGACAGAGCGUUAUACUGGCAUUUCCUCACCGAUUCCUUCACUGCUUACUAUCGCCUGCUCAUCACGCACCUGGGCCUGCCGCAGUGGCAAUACGCCUUCACCAGCUACGGCAUCAGCCCACAGGCCAAGCAGUGGUUCAACAUGUAUAAACCCAUCACCUACAACACAGACCUACUUGCAGAAGAGACCAACUGCUUCGUGAACAAGCUGGAUCCCAGCAGAGUGUUCAAGAGCAAGAACAAGACCUUAAUCCCCAAAAAGAAAGGGCCAGUCCAGCCUGCAGCUGGCCAGAAAGGGCCCCCGGGUCCUCCCUCCACCUCUAAAUCCUCUUCUAGCCCUGGAAACCCUGUCCGGAAAUGAGCACCCCUACCUCCCCGCCAGCCCUAUAGCAACGAUUUCCAUGCACAGAUGGCCCAAGCCCCAGAUUCUGUGAGUGGCACCAUAGGCCUCUUCCCAUCUGCGUGAGCCAAAUCCUAGGCCUUUUACUCCCGUUGGCAUUAGCCAGGAGUUCAAGGGCAUACUCAGGUCUCCCCUAGAGUCCUUUCCUCAGCCCUUGCCUCUGAAAGCUGUGGAGAGUUUCAGAACUUGUUUAAGUAGUUAAAUAGAGCUGCUAAGAGCUUCCUCUCUUUCCACCCCCAACCAUCUACACCCCUCAGCAGUGAUCAGAGAAAUCCCCCGAAGAAACCACUGAUUUUGACCCAUGAGGCAUUAGAACUGUGCUGUUCAGUUGGUAAUCACUAGCCACAGGUGGCUGUAUAAAUUAAAAACUCAGUUUGUCAAUUGCAUUAGCCACAUUGUGAGUAUUCAUGUGGCUAAUAGCUUCUGUAUUCAACAACAGAGAUAAUGGAACAUUUCCAUCAUCACAGAAAGUUCUGUUGGGCAGCACUGCAUUAGAAUAUUUUCAUGCUGCCCUUACUCAGAUCAGUUCAUUUUUGUUACAGAAUGUGGAUACCUUAAUUUGAUGGGUCAUAAUGUUCCAUGGAAAUUCUUGAAGGUACAAUUGUGUAUGUUCUUUUUAUUUUUCAUAAUUCUCACUGGUCCUUUUCAGUUUCCUAUAAAAUUUGUUGUUUCCAGUUUUGCA